GGCGAUAAUAUAUAUUAAGUGAUAUUUUAGUGACGGAUCUUCGAAUCGAAAUGUAGAAUAGCCCAGACAACAGACUAUUCUAUAAUCCAGACUAUAUAUGCAAUCGUACAAUGUAACAGUCCGCAAUAUUUUAAGUAUUUUUCCCAUAAAUCUGACAUCUUGAAGUGUUUGAUUUUUGCAAAUUGUAAUGAGAUUUAAAAUAUUUUGUGGGAUAAUCAAGAUCAUAUUAGGAUUUUCCCUCAUUUAAACUAUUAAUCCACAUCUUUUAAAUUAUAUAUCUAAAUCAUCGUAGUAUUCUUGUUCUUAAGUUUAUUACAGAAAUAUAGUUCUGAAAUAAAUGCUGAAAGAUUUGCCUACAUAAAUCUGUCGACAAUAUGCAUUUUAUUAGCAUGUGUGUGCAAUUUUACCUGAAAUUCUGGAGAAAAAUAAAAAGGAUUUUCAAAUUAACUUUUAAUGCAGCCGUUAGAAAAGAAUUUUUGUUACCUAAAAGCGCAUAUCAAUUUGAAGAAAUUCCCAAUAAAUCAUAAAACAUUUAGGGAAAUAGACAGAUUUAGUAAGCGUACCUAAAUUUUGUUUGCAACAACGAUUUUGUAGUAUAAAAGACUAAAAAAUUUCGAAAUUAUCAUACACAACCAAAACGUGCUUAGCACAGCAAACAGCUAAAAAAUUUGCUCAAAUUGCAAUUAAAUAUUUUUUCCUUUUGAAAAUGGCACCACAAGAUAAAGUUGAAUUUGUUAUUUUAAAAUUAACCUUUUUGCCUUUUAUCCAUCCUCAAUAUCCUAGAAUUACAUUGACCCGCAAGAAGCAUUCUCCUAGCGGCUCCAUGACUCAAGUUCGUGAUUGGUUUGAUCGCAUAAUGUCUAGAGAGAAAUCAAAAAUACCCUCCAAUAUAAGCGUGCGCUACUGUGAGUGGAACAUAACAUCGGGCAAUGCUAAUUUAUUUACCAUUAACGGUUACCGUUUCGAUAAGAUUCUUUUAAUAUUGGGUGAAGAAGCCAUACAUUGGGUGUACUAUCAGAAUAUGCCUUUGCAUAGACGUAUUGAAGGUUGUGGUCGUUUGUCGGUAAACUAUUGCGGCUGUUGCCUCAAUAAUCAAUAUUUGAAAAUUAUGGAAACAGUUAAGGGCUGCCUAAUGAAACAGGGCGGACGUAAUUAAAUCUUA